UCUUCCGCACUCACUAAACAGUAGACGUCUAUAUGAAGAUACACAUACAUACUACUUGAUCGUGCUUCAAAAAGAAAGCAGAAAAGCCUCUUUCUCUCUCUCCUAACCUCUGGUUUCAUCCGUCACUUUUAUUAUCUCUUAACAGUUCUCUGUAUCUCUAAAUCAUCCUCUUCCAUGGCCGAUGCUUACGAGCCUUACCAUAUCCUCCAACAAAGCCGACGAGAUAAACUUCGGAUUCCUUCUCUUGAUUCCCACUUCCACUUUAACCACCCUCCUCCUCCUUCUUCAUCCGGUGGAGGCUUGUUUCCUUUCACCGACUCCGAUUACCUCGCCGCCGGUGGAUUUCACUCAAACAACAACAGCAACCACAUAUCCAACCCUAGCCACAGUAACUUCAUGGGAUUUCUUGGUGGCCCAUCUUCCUCUUCAUCCGCUGCAGUCACCGUCGCCGGAGAUCCAUCCUUUAACGCUGAACUCUCUUCCGGUGACGUUCUCGUCUUCAGACCCGAGCCUUUAUCCCUCUCAUUAUCAUCUCACCCUAGACUUGCCUACGAUCUAGUUGUUCCCGGCGUUGCUAGCUUCGGAUUCUGUAGAUCCGCCUCUGAAGCAGCUGCAGCCGCCGUCACCGUCGCGUCAAGAAGCUCCGGUCCUCUAGGACCGUGCACUGGCUACGCAUCCAUUCUGAAAGGCUCGAGGUUCUUGAAACCAGCACAGAUGCUUCUUGAUGAGUUUUGUAACGUGGCACUUGGGGUUUACACCGACAAAGUCAUGGACGACGAAGACGAUUCUUCUUUGCUUUUCGAUCCCACGGUUGAGACUCUAUGCGGCGUUUCUGGAGAACAUGGGAAGAAAAAAUCAAAACUCAUCUCCAUGCUCGACGAGGUUUACAAGAGGUAUAAGCAAUACUAUGAGCAGCUUCAAGCUGUAAUGGGCUCAUUCGAAUGCGUAGCAGGACUCGGGCACGCAGCUCCUUAUGCAAGCUUAACUUUAAAGGCAUUGUCUAAGCAUUUCAAGUGUCUGAAGACUGCUAUAACAGACCAGCUUCAAUUUAGCACCAAUAACAAGAGACAACAACAAUGUGGUCAUGUGAUGGACUCUGACAAUAAAACCGACUCUCUGCGAUUUGGAGGAAGUGAUAGUGGUAGAGGCUUGUGUUCUGCUGGUCAAAGACAUGGAUUUCCUGAUCACCAUGCUCCUGUAUGGAGACCACACCGUGGCCUACCCGAACGUGCCGUCGCCGUUCUAAGGGCUUGGCUCUUCGAUCAUUUCUUGCAUCCUUAUCCAACUGAUACAGACAAACUCGUGUUGGCUAAACACACAGGUCUCUCCAGAAAUCAGGUAUCGAAUUGGUUCAUAAACGCACGAGUUAGGGUUUGGAAACCGAUGGUGGAAGAGAUUCAUUUGCUGGAGACUCGACAAUCUCAGAGAUCUUCUUCUUCUUCUUGGAGAGACGAACGUAGCACCGCCGACUUUCCCGAUAACAAUAACGACAAUCCUUCUUCCUCCUCGGCCCAACAAAGAGCUAACAACAACUCAUCUCCGGCUAGAAGGGUGCGAAACCACGACGUUCAUGGCCCCAACAGUAACAAUAAUAACAACUUCAUGAACGCUGGAAGUGGUGGGAGCGGAGGCGGCGCGGUUAGCUUUUCCUAUGGUAUUGCGUCGUCUAAUAUCCCGGGGAUAAGUAGCAGCACAAAUGGAGGAGUCUCGUUGACGUUAGGGCUUCAUCAUCAGAUUGGACUGUCGGAGCCUUUUCCGAUGACAACGGCUCAGAGGCUUGGACUUGACGGUGGCAGUAGUGGCGGUGGAGGAGGUGGGUACGAUAGGCAAAAUCGUCAGUUUGGUAGAGAUUUUAUUGGAGGUAGUAAUCAUCAGUUUCUACAUGAUUUUGUAGGAUGAUAUCAUUUGUGUGGGAAGACAAACAAAUGUUUGACGUUUGACUGUAUUUGAUACUUGAUAGCUGAGAAAUUGUAAUGCCACAUGAUGUGUAUAUUAUCAUGUUUGACAAAUGGAAUAUUUCUAAGGA